AUCAAAUUCAACACCAUUCCAUAGUGCUCCAACCUUCAUUGAAAUCAAGAUGUCUAAACUUUUUAUUCUCUCCAUGCUAUUGCUAGCCACCACUUUGGCCACUUCAACCCGAAUUCUCACCGAUGUCACCUCAUUACCCGACCCGAUACCUCCUUCGGAGGUCGACAUCCCUGCCACAGAGGCGGAGGCGACACCUGUUUCAGUUGCCUCCGCCACCAAUGCGGCGGUGACACCAAUCCCCGACUCCGACGCGCCACCACUAACCACCACCUCUCCCGCCACUAACAAUGUGGUGGCGCCCGUCUCCGAUGAACCGGCCCCGGUCGUUGCACCCGUACCCGAAGUUGGGGACUCUGAUGAUCCACCACUAACCACCGCCUCUCCAGCCACCAAUGCUGCGGCGACACCUGUCUCCGAUGAACCAGCCCCCAUCGAUGCACCACCACUAACCACCCCCACCGCCGCUCCCACCGCCAAUCCAGCGGUGGCACUGGUCCCUGAUGAGCCGGCCCCCAUCGCUGCACCCGUACCCGAACAUCCCAACUCCGGCACACCACCACUAACCACCUCCUCCGGCGGAGGAGUUGCCGGAGCCGGCGCUGCUGGAGGAGUUGCCGGAGAUGGUCCGACAUUUUCCUUUUUCAUGCACGACAUCCUCGGCGGCUCAAACCCGUCCGGCAGGGCGGUGGCCGGGAUCGUGGCCAACUCCGACGCCAACAACCUCCCGUUCUCGAAAAACAACAACCAAUUCUUCCCCAUCAACGGCGGCGUGCCGCUCAACACUGUCAACGGCGUCGUGAACAACAACAACCUCCCCUUCCUCGUCGGCCUCAACGGCUCCCCUUCAAGCACCGUCGUCCAGAACAACGGCAACAACGUCGUCUCCGGCGGAGGCAGCCAGCCCUUCGUGACGGCAGGGCAGCUCCCGGCGGGGCUGACGCUGCAGCAGCUGACAUUCGGCUCCGUGACAGUGGUGGACAACGAGAUCACGGCGGGGCACGAGCUGGGGUCGGCCGUGCUCGGGCGGGCGCAGGGGUUCUACCUGACGAGCUCCAGCGACGGCAGCAGCCACACGCUGGCGCUGACGGCAGUGUUCCACGGCGGCGAGGUCUUCGACACGGUGAGCUUCUUCGGGGUGCACCGAACAGCAACGCCGAUCUCUCACAUCGCGGUUGUUGGUGGGACAGGGAAAUAUGAGAAUGCUAAAGGAUUUGCUGCCAUUGAAGCUCUGCCGCAGGUGGAUCAGCACACUACUGAUGGAGUUGAAACCAUCACUCACUUCACUGUUUAUCUCACUCCUUGAAUCCUCUCUCUCUAUCCAUAUAUAUGUAUCACACAAACACAUAGUACAAGAUUCUGCUGUGAGUGAUUCCGAGU